AUGGAUCAGUGGCUAGGGGGCUCGGCUGUGGAGCCGAAAGAGUACGCGACCAACGAGGAGAAGAGAGACCUUGUGCGCGAGAUGGGGCUUAUGAGGAAACUGGGCCAGCACCCGCACGUCGUUCGCUUCCUGGGAUGCUGCACACUCGACGAACCCCCGUUACUCAUCAUGGAGCUGGUUUCGCGGGGCAAGCUGCAGUCAUUUCUGCGCGAACACCGUUCCCAGGGUGCGUACUACAACGAACCCGAGGACGACGGUUGCCUGGGGCCACGAGACCUGGCGCAGUUUGCCCUACAGGUGGCGCAGGGCAUGGACUACAUCCACAGGAAAGGGAUCAUCCACCGUGACCUGGCCGCCCGGAACGUGCUCGUGGACGAGCACAGCCAAUGCAAGGUGGCCGACUUCGGCCUGUCUCGCAGUGUGCGCGAUUCCGAAACGGACGUCUAUCAGCAGAAGUCCAAGGGUGCGCUACCGGUGCGGUGGAUGGCCCCGGAGUGUCUCUACCUGCAGGUGUUCACCACAAAGUCCGAUGCGUGGGCCUUCGGAAUCCUGCUGUGGGAAAUCGUUACGCUGGGUUCCACACCAUACCCAGGCCUAAGCGCUCAGGAGGUGAUCCAUGCAGUACGCGACGGUCGCGUGAUGGCACAGCCGGUGCACUGCCGCUGGGAACUGUACCGACUCAUGCGUGCCUGCUGGCACCCAGACCCGAAGGAGCGGCCGCCCUUCUCGAAGCUUGCCACCGACCUUGAUCAACUCAUCAAGCUGAACGCCGGAUACAUUGACCUAGACAACUUUCCCGAACACGCCUACUACAAUAUCGAAUAUGGCGUGGACGAAAAAUUGUAGACAUCUCCUAUUGACUUCUCCCCUUAUUGCCGGACACCUGCGGCUGAAGGCGUCCGGCAACUAUUGUGUUGCCUCGCAUCAGUUGUGUUUCUCUUUAUUUUAUUUUCUAUUGGCUGUGUGAAA